AUGUCUUCGCUGACGAAACUUCUUCAAGAAAAGCGCAAAAAUGAAGUAGGUGCUGCUGUGAGCGGCGCCGCCCCCGUUCGACCACAGAUGGAUAACAGCGGUUCGCACAGCACAACCACGGUGACUAUGGUGGAUUCCAGCGAUGAAGGCGAACCUGGAUCUGUGGGACGGUCCCUAGAGGCACAGGUGAACUUCUCGUCGAGCUUUAUAAAUGCGAAUUCGGCGCACACAGCAACAAUGCAGGAAUCUACCGGCUCGCUUACGCGGGAUAAACCGGCGCCCCUUAGCAUCGAGUCACCACACACGGAUGCGUCUACGGCAACCACGACAAUUGGCCAAUCGUCGCCACAAGCCGCGAGCAGCAGCGGCGGCGGCCACAACCGGAACGUACCUUCGCUUUCGUGCAGUAUUCCUUAUUCUGUGCCCAACUCCAAUAAUGGCGCCUCGUCGUCUAACACAGGCAGCGCCGCGUCGUCGGUUUCGUCGUCGUGGCUCGAGCACUCUGGCCUGAUGCCGCACAACGUUUCUGCGAUUGACUCGAAUGUGAUCUCGUCGCCCAAAGUGGAUGCUGUAGAGCCCCGUUUUGUGAUUACGAAACAAAAAUUCCAAAAGUCGUCUAUGGACAAUGCUGCCAAUGCGGCUCAACAUGCAGCCCCAAACAGUUCCAUAUCGCGAUCGGGCUCCAUUUCCUCUCAGCUCGGCAAUCUUUUCUUUGCAAAACAGCAAAAGGACACGUAUGGCUCUACUCCGGGCAAAGAUGUCACGGGCCCCUCCUCAUCGUAUCACGGUUCUUCCAUACCUAAACCCGUUCGUGCGCGGCGAAGCUCGCUUUACAAUGGGUCAAGACAGCCCUCUGGGUCAUAUCAAGACAGUUUCAUCGGUUCUCCGUCUUCUUUGCAUGAAAACCCACCUAAUCAGUUCAUUCCUAGAUCAAGACACUCAUCGAUUGCCGAUCUCAAGAGAUUCUUCAAAAAAGGACAGUCAGCAGGAAUGAGCAUGUCUCCAAACACGCCGCCUGUUUCGGCAGGCGGCAAUAUCAGUUCCCACGCUUCCAACACUUCAAGCAUUGGACCAAGCUCUCACAGUAGCACCAAUGGGGAUACCAUCUAUUCUAGUGCCCAUUCAUCUACUUUACCAUACUCCAAGCGGUACGCAAAGACGGGUGAGAGUUUGGGUGCCGGUGCCGGAGGUUCUGUUAAACUUGUAAGGCGGUUGCAUGAUAACAAAGUUUUUGCUGUGAAGGAGUUUCGCACCAAGUUUGAGUCCGAAUCUAAAAGAGAUUACGUCAAGAAAAUCACAUCUGAAUAUUGCAUCGGCACAACUUUGCGCCAUCCCAACAUCAUCGAAACCGUGGAGAUUGUCUAUGAUAAUAAUCGCAUCUUACAAGUUAUGGAGUACUGUGAUUACGAUUUGUUUGCGAUUGUUAUGAGUAACAAGAUGUCUUACGAAGAGAUUUCUUGCUGUUUCAAACAAAUUUUGAUCGGCGUGCAGUAUUUACAUUCCAUGGGCUUGGCUCAUAGAGAUUUGAAACUCGACAACUGUGUUAUAAACAGAGACGGAAUUGUAAAACUUAUAGACUUUGGCGCUGCUGCCGUCUUUUCCUACCCAUUUUCCAAGACUCUCGUUGAGUCGUCUGGAAUUGUAGGUAGUGAUCCCUAUUUGGCACCCGAGGUAUGCAUUUUUACCAAAUACGAUCCUCGUCCCGUUGACGUGUGGUCUGCGGCGAUAAUUUUUGCAUGCAUGAUUCUCAAAAAGUUCCCUUGGAAGAUUCCAAAAUUAAAGGACAAUUCAUUCAAACUCUUUUGCUCAGGACGCAACUGUGAUUCUUUGAGCGCCUUAGUCACACGUACUCCAGAACCACCCUCAUACGACAAAGCAACGGGGUCUACACCCACUCCUGAAACAACUCCAGUCCCUGCUGCACAGGCGUCUAGCAACAAUCCUGCCGAUCCAGAAAACACCAACAUCGGACCUCAAAGACUUCUGCAUUCGUUACCUGAGGAAUGUCAGAGUUUAAUUGGACGUAUGGUGGACUUGGCUCCCGCGUGCAGAAUCAGCAUUGACCAAAUAAUGGAAGACCCGUGGAUUCAAAGUAUCGAUGCCUGCUGUGUCGUGGAUGACGGAGUAACUGCAAAAGUUGUUCCAGGCAAAACGCAUACUCACACGCAAGUCGAUCAAAGUGAGGCUCACAUUGCAGGUCUAGAGAAGAAGAAGAAGAAGCAAAAAUAG